AUCAAUCGCUGGAGUGCCGUCACUAAAUAAACGCGUAGAAAAUAUUUCAAUAGUUUAUAGCUGAAAAAUAUGUUCGCAUCUGUGGAAUUAAGCUCAUAUCGCGAUCAGCACUUCAAAGGCUCGCGCUCCGAGCAAGAGCGAUCGCUCCGCGACUCGUGUACACUUUACGUGGGAAACCUCAGCUUCUACACCACCGAGGAGCAGAUCCACGAGCUCUUCUCCCGCUGCGGCGAUGUCCGUGUGAUUGUGAUGGGCCUGGACAAGUACAAGAAGACGCCCUGCGGAUUUUGCUUCGUGGAAUACUAUGUCAGAUCGGAGGCCGAGGCGGCCAUGAGAUUUGUGAAUGGCACCCGCUUGGACGACCGUCUGAUUCGUGUGGACUGGGAUGCCGGCUUCGUGGAGGGCAGGCAGUAUGGACGCGGCAAAACCGGCGGCCAGGUGCGAGAUGAAUACCGCACAGAUUACGAUGCCGGCCGCGGAGGUUACGGCAAACUGUUGUCACAGAAGAUCGCGCCAAACACGGACAAUCGCUAGUUAUAAGAUAAAAUGCAAAGACUAUAAGCCCCCACAGAUAUUAGAUAUUAAAGCAACUCCCUUAGACAUAA